CUCCCUGGCCCCCCUACACUUUCAGCAAAUGUGUGGAUACGGUGCUUCAACCAUUGAGGCGAUUGCAGACCUGCUUAUUCAUCAGCUUCCAGAUAAUUUGAAUAACAAAACCCUGCUACGGUGUGUAUAAAGUAUAAAAGCUGCCUGGCAGCCACAGGUUGUUGGACAGAUUCCCACAAACACAGAUCAUCAAACAUGGGCAAGAUCAUCUUCUACGAGGACAGGAACUUCCAGGGUCGCUCCUAUGAGUGCAUGAGCGACUGCUCUGACAUGUCCUCCUACCUGAGCAGGUGUCACUCCUGCAGGGUGGAGAGCGGCUGCUUCAUGGUGUACGACCGCCCCAACUACAUGGGAAACCAGUACUUCCUGAGGAGAGGAGAGUACUCCGACUACAUGCGUUUUGGCCUUAGCGAUUCAAUGCGUUCCUGCCGUCUAAUUCCCCAGCAUAGAGGCCCCUACAGGAUGAGGAUCUACGAGAGGGAGAACUUUGGUGGUCAGAUGUAUGAGCUGGUGGACGACUGCGACUCCAUCCAGGACCGCUACCGCAUGUCCGACUGCCAGUCUGCUCAGGUGAUGGACGGCCACUGGCUGAUGUACGAGCAGCCCCACUACAGAGGCAGGAUGAUGUACAUGAGGCCCGGAGAGCACAGGAGCUUCAGGGAGAUGAGUUUGACUGGAAUGAGAUUCAGCUCUGUCAGGCGUAUCAUGGAUUCCUGUUGA